AUGAAAAAAGCAUCGACAAAUCACUUAUAUUAUUAUAUUCACAUCGGACCAGCGACAUCGUUGGCCAAUGUACUUGAAAAAUAUCGAUCAUUAUCGAUGAAUAUUCGAUUAUUUGCUAUGGCUGGUAGUUUAUAUUAUGGAUAUGAAAAUUCGGCUACACCAUCUAAAGAAUAUAAUAUUGAACAUGAUAUUCGAUCAGCACAAACCAUGUUUGCAUCAAAUUGGACCUAUUUUAGUUUAGCGCCAUUGGAUUGCACGAACUUUAUGCAAUUUAACGGUCUUCUCUGGAAGAAAUUUUUAUCCUAUCGAAGUAGAUCACGUACAGUCAAUAUGAUCAUCGAGAGUUACACAAUAUGGUAUAAUGAUGGUGGAAGCAAUAUGAGUGCCAUUCAACCCUUCAAUCCUGAAUUUGGUACACCAGAAAUGCAUGAUAUUUUAGCUGUCUAUUUAGCUAGUAGUUACACAUCUGUCGCUCCGACUAUAUCAACUUUUCUACCUAUAGUCGUGACAAAUGAUGGUUAUACAUUCGAAAAUCAAACAAUCAAGAAGACUAUCAAUACUUGUUUGAAAUAUCAAACAUUGAAUCCAUACGACGCAACAGCUCAGAUUGGUUGGAAAUCCAAUACUGGUGGACUUCCUGCAAAUAAUGUAAAAGCCACUAUUGAAGUUCGAGGCACCGAUCUAAGUCAUCUCAAUUUUACGCUUGUAAUAGUAUCAAUAUCUAUAGUUUCAAUUUUAAAUCUUUUAUAA